AUGGCUGUUAAUUCGUUGGAGGUGGCAAGACGGCGAUGGACGCUUGGGUUGUUUAUCCUGGGUUUGGUGGUGUUUCUUUGGGUUUUAUCUGCGAUUCUUUUGAGCCAUAUAUUUGAAGAUGGGACGUACAGGAAGCCCUUUUUUGUGACUUAUCUGAAUACUGCAUCGUUUGUGAUUUAUUUGCUUCCUCGAGGGUGGAAGAUGGUGAUGGGUUAUCUUUUUAUGGGUGUUGCUACGAGAGGAGAAGGAGGAGGAGGUGCAGGGUUUCUCGAUGAGCCGCUUUUGGAGGAGGGGCAUAGUGGUGAGGAGGUUGUCGCGGCUUUUGAACAGACGUCAUCUUUGUCGUUACUGUCUUUUCCUUCGGUGGCGGAGCCUGUGCCAUUGGAAGUGGAUCUGCAAGCAGCGUCGGCCCCGACACAAGAGUUGUCUGUACGUGAGACUGUGAAACUUAGUGCUGAUUUUUGCAUAAUGUGGGUGUUGGCCAAUGUCGCGGCCAAUGCAGCUUUGAGUUAUACGUCAGUUACAUCGCAGAUCAUACUUUCCUCUACAUCUUCAUUUUUCACCUUGAUAAUUGGUGCAUGCUAUCGUAUUGUUUCGAUUAAUAAGGCGUAUGUCCUUGGGUGUGUAGUAUCGUUUAUUGGUAUUAUACUUACUACAUACUCAGAUUCAGCGGUUACUUCUCUAAAAGAGCUAUUGAUAGACUUUACUCUUAGGGCGGCCUCGUUCACUGAUUUAAACUUGAGAACCUCGGGGACGCCUUCAACAUUCUUCGGCAACCUGCUUGCCCUUCUUGGAUCUAUCAUGUAUGGAUUUUAUUGCACGCUUCUCAAGUACAAAGUUCAAGAUGAAUCGCAACUAGAUAUGAUGCUUUUUUUUGGAUUUGUUGGUUUAUUUACAUUGCUCUUUUUCUGGCCCUUACUUAUUAUUGUACAUUUGCUUGGGUUAGAGGCAUUUGAACUUCCGCAUGACCCAAAAGUUAUUUCUGUUAUAUUUCUAAACUGCUUCAUCAUGGUAGUGAGCGAGCUUUGCUGGGCGAAAUCAAUGUUUCUAACGUCGCCUUUAACAGUGACUGUCGGUUUAAGCGCUACUAUUCCGUUUGCUAUGUUUGGAGACUAUAUAAUAAAGGGUAGGAAUAUGACCUUGCUCUAUUUUAUAGGAGCGAGUUUAAUCUUUGUGUCCAUUUUCAUUAUUAAUAAGGAAUCAAAGGAAGUUAUUAAUAGACAAGAGAGACCGCAGAUAAUAUAG